AUGAAGUAUCUCCCAUAUAAAAUAUUAUUAAUUUGUUUUUUAAAUUACGGUUUAUCUGCAUUUGCUUUUGGACCGGAUCAAUGCAUAAGUAUUUGUAAAAGUGCAAAAUUACCCACUUUAGAACUGGAUUUCUAUGAACAAGUAGUUUGCCAAAGGGGGUGCAGAUUUUUUAACAUUAUCAAGUACAAAGAUGUACCCAACAUAAAUCAAACAAGGAAAGAAUGCCACAUCUCAUGUGAAGAAUCAUAUAUUGUUAAAGAGGAGAAGGAUAUAUGCCAGAAAGGAUGUAAUUUGAUGGCAAGAGAACAAGAGACCUUUAUAUCCGCUUUCAUUAUUGAAACAGAAAACAGCAUUGUUUUGGCGAGUCCAGACAGGGAAAUCGAAUUGGAUUUACUUUCUGACCCUAGCAUAAAGAGCCAGCUGGAAAUUGGUUUCAAUAUUGACUACAAGAUUCCCGCAACUAACAUACGGACAAUGCCCAUAGAAAUAGAAGAAGAGUUUAAAGUGAAGGAAACUGGAGAUUGGUUGGACUGUGCUUCUCGGAAUUCUGGAAUACCAAGAUGGAUACUUCUAUCGGCCAUAUUAACUGCUGUCUUGAUUGCUCUUUGGCUCAGUUUUUCAUCGGAAAAGAGAAGCGGCUCUGAAGAUGACAUGCAUGAAAUCGAUAUUCCUGACGAUAAAUUGAUUUUAACCAAUGACGAGUUACCUUUAGUUAAAGAUGAAACCAUUCUCUAUUUUGGACCUGUAGUUUCUGACGUAAUUAACAAAGAAGCGCCGCCCAAAUACACCGCUAGGAGUGAAGAAGUUUAA